CAGAGGAGGAAAAGUAGUGCAGUUUAGACUUCAUACAACUGUUUUUUAAAUCUUACUUUACAUUGUUGCCCUGGGUAAAUAAUAUCACAGAGAAACUUAAAGGGAUAUUCUGGCGUUAAAUUAAGUUAGGGUCAAACACACUGUAACACCAAGUUAGACACCCCUUCAAGAAAUGUUGUUGUUGGUGCUUUUGGUGGAAAAGCACUUUCCAGUUCCACUCUUAAGUGAACUGGUUAAUCUACCUUGCUCUGAGGCCUUGAGGACAUGAUCUUGACAGAGGAAGUUCUCCAGCCUCUGGUCCUGAUGAUGGAAGUACCAGUCCUCCACGACCUCCUCGUACUCCUCCAGCAUCGUCUCACACUGAAGAGUACACACAUAGAUACACUCACCAAGUUUUAUAAAUUGAUUUACAUACAACUUUAUAAAUUCAAACUACUCUUGUGAUUGUUUGAAACAUGAUAAACUGGCAUACAAACACCCUCCUACCUGCUUUUUCAUGUCUGUAACCUCCACAGAAGGUUCAUCCCACAGCUCAUACGGCAGACCCAAGUCCACUUUGACCCCUUUGUGGACCAGAUUCUUCAGAGUCGACAUGGUCUGACUGGUUCCCUGUGACAAUAUUUACAGAUGACUUACAGGAGGAAAUUUUCAAGGGUUGAGCACGGAUUUUUGGAGUUCUGAAGGCGCCCCUUUGAGCGAUUAGAUCACGUUUGUUUUUCCCGUGAGGAAUAGUAAACCUUCACACACCUAUUCAUGAGAAUACAGGCAGGUGAGCUUUACCUUGGCAUAUCUGAGACUUCCAGGCCUCUCUGCAUGAACAUUAUACUGCAGGAUGCCUUCACAUAUAUUAUCGAUCGCCUCUGUCAGCCGAGUUUCUCUGCAAACACAAUACAGAUGCAUUAUCAUCACUUUCUUUGCAGUAAAAGAAAACUUACCUCAUCAAAACAGCUGAUCAGAUUACUUGGGGGAGUUUUUGUUUAUUUUGAUUCAGCUUAGUGUUGUCAUUCAUGAACGAUUCAUUCAAAAGAACCGAAUCUUUUAAGUGAACGUAUUGAAGCGAAUCACUUCCUCGGGUGAUUCGCUCGUUUCUUACUUCAGUUGAACUGAAGUGAGAAACAGCAUUGCCAGUUGAGCAGCUGGCGAACAAGGGACCGCGUGAACCGACACCUGAAUCACUUGGUAAACGAAUCAUACAUUGAACUACACUCUCUGGGAUCAUUUUUAUCAGACAAAACUACCAAACUAAUCCUGAAACAUUCAGCUGUGUAUCAGUUCAGUAGGUCGGAGUCGAAGGCUUCUCCCGCCAAGCGCUACAUGAUUCAGUGAUUUGGUGAACUAAACUUUUGAACGAAUCUUUUCAGUGAACCGAUUCUAGUGAUUCAGUACAUCUAAAACAACUGCCGUGCCCAUCACUAGUUCAUCUUCUGCUUCAUAUCGAUUUCCCAGAAUGCACUUACGAGGUGUUAUACUUGAUCUUUCUUCUUCUCUUGCCUGUAUCCAGCACUUCUCCCACCUCCAACACUUCUUUGGAUCGACCUGUUUUCUCCAGAGCAUCCUGCAGCUCCACCGUCAAGAACUUACACACUGAAAAAAAGGUAAAAACUCAUAAAAAAACCAUAUCUCUGCGUUUAAAUAUAAAUAUCAGAGAGCUAAAGCAGAAGCUCGAGGUCUAAGAUGCAUGUAAACAAACGCCGUACAGCUGUUUCUAACCAAUCAGAUUCCUUAAACUAGCUUCUGCUCCGUCUUCGUCCUACCUUCGCAUUUAUUCGGCAGCCUCUCGUCGUUCUGUCCUCUGACAAACUCGCAGAGAAAAAUUAAAGCCAGGAUGAAAAGUUUCAUGGUGAGAGUUUGCUCUUAAACCCGAGGGGAAAGUUAAAAUUUCAUGUCAAAGAAGCCACAUCGGCAUUUUUGGAGCCGAGCUGUGACUGCGCAUGCGUGGUGUGGACUGACAGACUAGAGUAGUGGAUGCCCGAUGGCUAGAUUUCAAAGAGGAUGGUCGAGAGAUGAAAAUGGCAUCCUGAAGGCCUCAGUGCUCCUGAAUUUAACAACAUAAAGUACCGACAAAAUGAGCUUUUAAGACAAUAAAUAGCAAAGAAAGUUAAGUACUGUCAAUGUUACAGACACCACGAAGAAAUAUAUGAGCUGUUUGGUUGUUUCUGUGUUGAAAUGCAUAUCAGGGAGAGUGGGGUAAGUUGAGCCAAAGGGUAAGUUUAAGUCGCUCCCUGUUGUUUGGAAAUGGUAAAAGAAAUUGAUCAUGUGACCAAAUAUUAAGAAGAUGGGCAUCAAUUCAUGGAGUCUGUGAAGGUAAGAAGCACAUGGGUGAAGAGGUUAGACAUUUAUUUAAAAAAAAAAAAAAUCGAAAAAGUGAAUUUAGUCUGUUAUAAGUUUUAUUAGAAUUGUGUUUAUACCAAAAAAGAUCAUUUUAAAUUUGUUUUAUACAUCAGUUGUGGUAUCUAUGGGCUACAAAUGUCAAAAACCUAACAUAAAAGUCCACCAUUUUAGCUUAGAGGAUGAAUAAAGUCAUAAUAGUAGUUCUGGGGUAAGUUAAAUCAUUUGACUCAACUGAAAAAGUAAAGGAGUCUGAUGAGAGGAUCAGAGUUUCAGUUCAGAUUGUUAAUGUUUUUACUUUUUCUUUUCAAAAAUGCAGCUGUGAAUGUUCGGAAUCACUUAAAGACAUUCUCAUGUUAAAAUGACUUUUUUACAGAACAGAUUUAAGCAGUUAUUUGCAAUAAUAAUAAAGAUAAUUAUUGUACCAGUUGAAUAGUGUAUAGUAGAUAAAAAUACACAUGAAUGUGAAGAAGUGACUGUUAUUUAGGGAGAGAGAAGGUGAGGGAGGGCUGGGGUGGAGAGUGGGGGGGUAGUAGGGAUACGGCUCAACUUACCCCGCUCCUAUGAUCAACUUACCCCAUACACGGGGUAAGUUGACCAUAGGACACCACUUUUUUUGGCAUGCUAUAUUUUCAAGAGAGUUAUGUUUACACUCAUUCUGUUGGUUUGCAGGGAUGCACAACAUCUUGAAAUAUAUGCAGAUACACUAAGUCUAAAAAUUAACAAUUCCAUCCCCAUCAACAAAAUCAUCAUGACAAAUUCCCAAAUUGUUUAUUUCAUCACUUACUUUAUUAACAUGUUUUCUCAUCAGCAGUCCUAUUUAUACCCUAAUGUUUUUCUUAGACUCACUUUUAAAUUUAUCACCAACUAAAUAUUCAUUGUUGUAACCACAACAACCAUUAAUAGAGCCAAACAGCCCAGUUAAUCACCAUCAAGCUCAGGACUGAUCCCACAGCAAUGACGGAUAAUUAUCUCGAUAUUUGGCAGUGAGGCGGUUAAAAUAGAAGCUGCUUGCUUGCCUCUUGGUUUCUCGGGUGUCAGGGGCAACACACGACGGCAACAGAUACUCCAGGAGAAGAUCCAGAGGAGAGGAGACCAUGGAGGGAAAAGCUGAAGAAAUCAAGGGGGACCAUGUGAACACGAGGAAAGAGGAGAGAAAAAGGAGUGAGACAUGAGAGGGAAUGUGCUCAGAUACCAAAGAGGAGAUCUCAAGCAGUAAGUGACAAACAUGCACUCACAUGGACUCACACACACUCUCAAAAACACUCUUGCUUAUGCCGUCCAGUUUGUGUGUGUGAAACCGGAGUAUCUGUAGUAUUUUACAGCUCUAAUUAUGUGUUAUGUCACUUACAGAGGAGACCGUCUGUCUAUUGUCUGUGCUGAGGGAGAUCACAUUACACUGCAGUGUCACCAUGAUCCUAUGUGUUCCAGCUGUAUGCUCACACACACACACAUACACACACAAACAUAGACACACACACAGAUGGUACAUUAGAGAUGGUGUCUGAGAGCUUGCCGCUCUCCCAUCGAGCUCCCGCAUCAGUUUUCAUGUUGGGGUUUAAAAUUUCCCAACAACAUCAUUUCAUUUUUCCUCCUUCAGAAUGAUCCCGACACUUCCCACCUGUGUGGACAGCAGAAGAAGAAGAAGAAGUAGAGGACGAGAGCGUUUGUCGGCUUUUAACAGCUGAUUCAAGGACAAAGAGGAGGGACAAAUGCUGCCAAUUUGUCAAAACAGAGCGCGCAUGGUUGUCACUUGAAAAUGUGGACUCCUAAAUGACCAAAGGAGGACUACAAAAGAGGUCCUGGAUCCGCAGAGAGAAGUUUAAAACCAGGAAAACAAGAGGACAAACUUCUGCUCUGACUUUAAAGGUAAGAAUAAAAGACUGAAAGAUUACGUUAAACACACAUUUUGGUAUGUUUUUAUUGUAAGAUUCAUUAUAUUUCACUCUGUGGUAAAAAUGUAGUCUUAAAGGCAGCACUGUAAUCACAGGACUGUAACAAGUUAUCCUUUAAACUGUUUACAGCUCUUUUAAUACGUACACAAACACCUGAUGAUAAAAGGUAUGAAAGUGAAAUGUUUCCAGAAAAUAGGCUUGUAUAUAUCUUGAAUUAUGACUCCUUUAUUUACACAUUUAUCAAGACAAAUAUAUUUAAAGAUACCUGCUUAAUUUCACUUUUAAGAAACUGGUUAUUGUAACACUGUUAUUAUGAUACUGUGGAGUCAACUGUGUGUAAAAAUGAGCUUGAAUUGGAUUCAUGCUUUGGCGUUAAUGGAAAAGUCGUCCUCUUCUCACCCUGGAUGGUACAACCGCUCUGAGUUGCUCUUUGUUUGUGCGACAUGUUUACAUAAGAACCGUUCCAUUAAAGCUCCCGUGAGGAACUUUUGAUUUGUGUCAACUUUGGCGCCCCUUGUGGACAAAAGUAAUAUAUAAACGAAAUUAUUAUGAACUAUUAAAUUAUUAUAAACAUUAUAAACGAAAAUAUAGGUAUCAAAGUUCUGGAUGUUUAAACUAAACCUGAGAUGCUAGGUCAGGUUUAAAUUAAUCACACGACUCGCCAAAGUUUAAGUUUAAUAUUAUCCAAAAAAAAGUUAAUGAUAAAAGUGGUUUUUGCAGUUUUUAAAAAGAAAAAGGUUUUGUUUUUAUACAUUCAGUCCAUAAUGGAUUUUUAAUGAGUGUUUUUCAAUCUGAUACCAGUAAAUCAAAACCUCGCUGAUAAUUGAUCACACUGACCUGUGCGGCAUCUGCAAACGCGAGCACCUGCAGAGCAUGGCCCCGAGAUGACCCCGCACACACACACACAUUCACACGCACACAUAUUCACGUGCACACGCAUUCACAUCUACACUCAUUGAACCUGGGAAGCUCAAACUGAAACAGAGAAGUCACACUGCUUCAUGCACGUACACACACACACACCCACACGCACACACACACGCUGCUUACUCAGAGAACCCAGCAGGUCAUAUCACUGAUGACUCAGAGGGUACCAUUACCUCACACACACACAUUAACACCCACGCACACACACACACAGAUCUGAUAAGUCGAAAUGUAACUCUUGAAGGCAUCUUAUUUACAACCAUGAGGCCAAAUGGGCAAUAAAACAGUAAAAAUAAGAAAAUUAUCGCCUAAAAUCAAAACAAAAAUCAACAAUUCUGAAUAUAUUUUAACUGGACUUGAACUUAAAAUAGUCAAAAUGUAAAAAAAAUUGUGAAAUUAAGGCUAAGUAUAUAUCAGUUUUGAUAUAAGGGGGGUAUAACUGCAAAUUAGGUACUUGAAAAUACUACAACCCCAGCUCUAAAAAAGUCAAGAAGCUGCGUAAAAUGGUAAUAAAAACAGAUUUUGAUGGUUUACAAAAAAAAAUAAUAAUAGGGAUAAAGCUGAAAAACAAUUAUAGGGACUAUCCUGCCCUCCUGGAGUCACUCGUGCAUGGGAGUGGGAGACUGUUUUUGAGUUCUCUUACAAACAAUUGUCCACACGAUGAUACAUGUUCGGGUGAUGUUCCCAUUUAAUGAUCGCCAGCUCACACCAAAACAAAAGGAUUAAACUGAUGCAAAAGAACUGAAAAUGUGACGAGGUGAUGCUGCUGGAAAAGCUUCCACCCCGUGCGUCACCUGGUUACCUUCCCCCUGUGCCUGUAGAGAAAACGCUGCACUGCCACCAGUGGAGACCUGACAUAACCCAUGAUGGACAAACAAACAGAUGUGGCUCCUAUACCAACACUGAAUGGUGUAUUCAUCAGGACAUGACUUUACAGUAAAAAUCACUGCACGGGCAUAAAUUCACUUCUAAAAACCAUGGGGGAGGUUGGAAACCAGAAAAUGUUCGUAUUAUACAAACAAAUAGUACAGAGCUGUUAAAGGGACUUGUGUUUCUAGCGUUUGACGUACAUCCUGUUAGCCUCUUGAGAAGAUGAUCUGGUUAUAAUCAACCUAAAGGAGGCAUGUCGUCUCCUACCAUAGUGAAGGUGGACAAGCUUUUGUCUGUAAAGCAGUUCUUGUCCAAUGUUUGUUAAAUCUCUAAAUCAAACUUUGACUGUAGCUCAACUUCACUGUGGAUGUAAACAUACCGAAUUAGCCAAAAACUACCUUUUUCAUCAAACCAACUAAAGAUUUAACAAUUUGGAAAACAUCCAGUCUGAAAGAUCGGGAAUUUUAUUAGUUCAUUUUUAUAUAGUACUUCUUAUGAGGUUCCUUUUCAACAAUUGCUAAUGUUAACAUAUAAAAAUAAUGAUAUUAUUUCCAUCAAAAUGAAUCCUCCUGUAACUGAGUGUCUGUCUCUCAGUGAGUGAUGUUAAUUUCCCACAUUAUCUCCCCUCCAGACACGAUGCCUGAACGAGUGCGCAGUUUUCAGGGUCAGAGCUUCCACAAGCUGAGGCGAGCCUGCCUGCGCCGAGGCGCUCUCUUCAAGGACCCUCUCUUCCCCGCCGCCGCCCAGUCCCUCUUCUAUAAGAGGGAACCCCCGCCGGGUCUGACCUGGAAGAGGCCCAGGGUGAGUCUGCUCAAGGGUUUAGUCUUAUUUUUACACAUUCUCCCUGCAAACCACUACAAAGUCAUCUCACGCUUAUAUUUCUAGUCUGCUGUCGUCUACUUUAGUGACCUGGCUGGGUUUGUUGAAUUUCCAUCAGGUUGUGGUAAUUAAAGCUCUUUCUAUUAAGAGCGAGGCGUCAGGCUGUGAAAUCGGAGCCUUUAGAGAGCGGGCGGCGCGUGCUGCCGAUGGACCGCUCUAUAAGAGUGUGUGUAUAUAGUAAAAAAACAGCUGCCAGAGUGUUUUUAGACCUAGUGUUGAAGUGUGUGUAUCUGUGUGCGAGAAUAAACAGUUAUUACAGCCGCAGCAAACAAAGUAUCGGAUAAUGGUGCCAGUGAAAACCAAGGUUAAAGUCAAGGCCGGGUUAUUUAUUAUCUAGUUUCUAGGCGUGUUUGAAAACUUCUCAUUCACUGUCGUUCAUGUAUACAGGCGGGUGUUUUUUUUUAUAGUAAAGAAUAAAACUUUAUUUAAACAAAAAGGCAAAAACUGAAUCAAACUGACUGAAGGAGGUGUUAAAAGUGCUAAUAUCUUUUCUCACAGAGAUGCACCAAUCCAUUUUUGUCCAAUCCGAUACCUGGGCUGUGCGUAUCGGCCGAUAUCCGAUGCCGAUCCAAUAUUACUGUAGCGACUGCUUUCCUUCAACAAAAAGGCUGCUGGGGUUUAGGUUCGGUUGCUUCUGUGACUCGUUCAAUUAUCAGUCCAGUUUGAGUUUAUUGUUCAAAAAAAGAAAAGAAAACACGCUGAUCCAGCUCCAAAACUUUUGCCUUUGACUGAAAAAGUGAUGAAAUGAGGUUAAAGAUGAGAUGAAAUAAGGUUGAAUAAGAUGAAAUGAAGUUAAAAGUGAUGGUUAAAAUGAGGUUAAAAUGAGGUUAAAAUGGUUUUAAAAUGGUUUAAAAUGGUUUCAAAAAUGUUUUUAAAAUGUUUUUAAAAAUGGCUUAAAAUGGUUUUAAAAUGGUUUUAAAAUUUAAAAAUGGUUAAAAUGAGGUUACAAUGGUUUUUAAAUGGUUUAAAAUGGUUUCAAAAAUGGUUUUAAAAUUUUAAAAUGGUUAAAAUGAGGUUAAAAGUGAUGAAAUGAGGUUAAAGCAGGAUGAAUGAAACGGUGAAAAACUAUGAAAAAUGGUCACCGGAAAAUUAUCAGUUGACCACGACCAUUGUCCGACUACACCUGUGAGAUUUACAUAAUCCACCAAAAUCCCAAAACCACACCCCUCAGUGACGAUCCGCAGAAGUGAUGUACCUUUUAAAAAUCAUAUUUUCAACAAAUAUAUUUUGGCUCCUACAAUUACUGUUGAAUGAAUGAAAUGUAUACCUUGCCCUGUUAGUGAGGGCAUCAGGCUUGGUGUUAGCCUUGUUAAAAAAAAGGUAACAAAUUUACACAGAUAUAAAUUUACUUAAUAUUAUUUAUCAACAAAUAAUCACAUUUAUUUUUGUUUUUAAAUCAGAAACGUUUCCUUCAAAGUUCAUUCGGUUUAUAGGUCAAACUCCCAGACUCUUCAUCUGAGAACUUCGAGAAGAGAAAGGGUUAAUGAUAUUGUGUUACUAAUGAGUUACUCAAGCAUUUAAAGUGUGUAUCAACAGGGAAUCGGGUGAUAGAGUGACACACAAACACACACACAGAAACAACAUCCACUCGCUUUAACACGUCCCUUUUAAUGUCCGUGAGGCUUUUUUCUUCUUCUUCAUGAGCUCGGUACGAUCACACGAAAGGGUCACAUCAGGGUCUACGGUUGCAUUUAAUGAGGUUAUGGGUAUUCCCCUCGGUGCGUGUGUCCAGCAGCACUUCUUGUGUUACCUGACCCUGUCCAAACUGAGAUCAACAGGUCCUCACGCAGGAUCUGUCUCCUCAGCAGAGCUCCGACACCCUGAAUCAGCUCGGAGGACUCAUAAAACACACGGUGACACCGAUGACUGCUGCGGUCGUUAAUCAGAGGUUAUUUAAAGACGCUUUACAAUCAAUAUUUACUCUGAGGGGCGCCGUAGAGUCUUUAAAAAUCUGUCUUUUCAAGCCUUUUGUGGACUUUAAAGUUUCAACAUUUGGUGUAAUUCAAGUAAUUUGAAACAGACGCAUAUUUUAAAGAUCAUGUAAGCGUUUUUCGGCUCAUUGUUUUGGUUUGUAGCCUCAUCUCUAAAUCAGCUGUUUGUACCUUUUAAAAGCACUGUUCGAAACAACCUCAUCAUGUGACGUUUAAUCUGUUUCCAGGAGAUCUGUAAGGACCCCCGUCUGUUCGUUGACGGUAUCAGCACUCGUGACCUGCACCAAGGCAGUCUGGGUAACUGCUGGAUGGUUGCUGCCAUCUCCUGUUUAGCAUCUGAGCCAUCUCUGUGGAAGAAGGUGUUGUAUUCCUGAUCUGUUCCCUCUCUUCUCGUCUUUCUUGUCCCUCUUUUCUGACUUGAUCUCACUCCUCUUUAACUUCCAGGUGAUCCCAGACCACGUGGAUCAGGAGUGGAACCCCAAAAACCCAAACCAGUACGCGGGAAUCUUUCAUUUCCGGUUCUGGCGACUUGGAUGUUGGGUGGAUGUCGUUGUGGAUGAUCGUUUACCGGUUAGCGGGGAUGGAGUUCUGCUUUUUUGCCGCUCUGCUACACCGCGGGAGUUUUGGAGCGCUUUGUUGGAGAAGGCCUACGCCAAGUGAGCCACCUCAGAAAGUUCUGAUCCAUGUGAUCACACUGGUAGAUUUUGUACCUAGCCUUGUUUGUCUUUUAGGCUGAACGGCUGCUAUGAGGCCCUGGAGGGAGGAAACACUGCAGAGGCUCUGAUUGACUUCACCGGAGGGGUUUCAGAGCCCCUCAGUCUGGAUCGAGAGGCUCUCAGAGUGCACAGCGAGCACAGGAGGGCGUUCUUCCAGACUCUGGCGGACGCCCACGAACACAAAGCCCUCAUCACCUGCUAUAUUCGAGUAAGUUUAAAAACGACUGAUAUGUGUUUUAGAUUAAAAACUGGUGCCUGAGUUCAGUGUGUGUUCAUUGUUCAUUCUCAGCCAGCAGAGGGGGAGACGGUGGAGUCGGUGCUGGACUGCGGUCUGGUCCGAGGACACGCCUACGGGAUCACCGCAGUGAGGAAGCUGAGGUUGGCAGAGACGAAAACCAGCGGGAUGCCUCGGCUCUUCAUGGUGCGCAUGAGGAACCCAUGGGGGACCACGGACUGGACGGGCGCCUGGAGUCAGGGGUGAGGGUCUCUCCUCUUCAUUUACCACAUGUGUGACUGCUCAGUCCAUUUAAGGUUUGCAGGAGCUGUGGGAGCAAAACCACCACUGACAUCACUUCUGCAUUAUUUUAAAAAUCAUUUCUAAAGAUUUUACGGCAGUGUUGGAUUUUUUUAUGAGAUGACAUCUGCUGUUUGGAUUUAAGAGUCAUGAGAAACUGUAAAAAUGGACAAAAUGGACCUACAAAGAUUUCUCGGGGUUCAAACAUGACUUCAGUUUUUAUAUGACAUUUCCAUUAUGUUGGAGUUAGUAAUGAUUUCCUGGACUUGGUUGUUCAGAAGCUUAAAUGUGGACGUGACACUUUUUCCUAUCUACAGUUUGAUCAGGUUAAUAUGGCAACUGUUUUAUAUUUAGUUUUAGUCUUUGGACUAAAAUACCUUUUAGUUUUAGUCACAUGAGUCAUUUUCUCCUGAAACAGUUUUAGUUCAUGAUGUUGCCGUCAAUUAAAAAAUAUAUUUUUUUUUUUUUUUUUAACACAUCAUUAUUGGUUUUUGUAUUUAUAGAACAACAACCAAUAAAUUAAACAUAUGUCAGUAAAUAAAAUAAAAUGAAAAUAUAAUUAAUACAGAAGAGGUAAAUAAAUAAAUAAAAGAAAUCAUUAAAAAAACUAAUUGAACCAACAAAUAAGUCAACAAAUUACUGAGUAAUAAAUUAUAUAGAUUGAUUAAAAUAAUAAUAAUCAUCAUAGAAAAUAAUAGCAAUAACAACAAUUAUCUAUUAAUAAUAAUAAUAAUAAUAUAAUAAUAUUUUUUUUCUUUCUUUAUUUUUUUUAGAUAUAUGUUUAUUAAAUUUUUCCAGAAAAUAAAGGGACGGAUGAUGGAAAAAACAAACAAACAGACAAAAAAAAAACAUAAUUUGGCUCAUACACACACACAUUAUGUUCAAAUUUAUACUGGCGAGAACUAAAAUAAAAGUUAAAUAAAUUAUUAAAAAGAUAAAUUGAACCAACAAAUUACUGAGCAAUAAAUUUUACAUAAAUUAAAAAAAUAAUUAUCAUCAUCAAAAAUAAUAGCAAUAACAACAAUUCCAAUAACAGUAAUAAUAAUAAAAUCCUUUUUUAUUUUAUUUAUUCAUUUUUGGAUAUAUAUUUAUUAACUUUUUCCAGAAACAAAAAAAACAAACAAACAAACAAAAAACAUGAUUAAAAAAAAUUUAAAUUAAAAAAAAGACAAACAUUUGGCUCACACACACAUAUUAUGUUCAAAUAUUAUACAGGCAAGAUUCAGGAGUCAUCUUAUACAAAUAAAAUAGGUGAGUAAAAAAAAAGUAAAAUAAAUCAAGUGCGCAUUACAGUGCCUAAUAGGUUCAUAUAUUCUAAGAGUUUUUCUGUUGUUUAAACCCAGAGUAGUGAUGCACUUUUUAAAACACUUCUGGGUUCCUUACUUAGUUGGAUGAUUAAAUUUAAAUUAAAAACAUUGUUGUUUAGUUUAAAAGUUUUGUCACAUUUUACUCCUGUAGUCCAGAGUGAAUCUAACCCUCUGAUUUUACCCCGAAUGUUUGGAUCAAAAAAGACUCAAAAGCUUCAGAUGACACAAACAGAAAAUGGAUUUCCAAAUUUGUAAACCUCUUUUCUCUGUAGAGCAACCAUUUUUUUAUUUAUCAGAUGACCUUUCAAGAACAGGUACAGCCACUUUUAUAAUAUUACUGUCUUUGUGUUCUCCUGCAGGUCGCAGCAGUGGCAGCAGAUGAGUCGAGGAGAAAGGGAGAAAAUGGGCCUCAUUGUGAGAGACGUCGGCGAGUUCUGGUAGACGUCAAACCUUAUCAACAUCUCUCCUAUUUCUAAUUCUUGUUAGUUUAUGGUUUCCACAGACCGCCUAUGUAGUGGCUUCUUGUUUUACUGGUGUAAACAUGCAAAACUAAAUUAAAAAAACACAUUUUAGUAGAAUCAAAAGCUGAUGUUUUGAGUGUUUUUUUGGCUCAUUUUUCUCCUCUGCUGCUCCUCAGGAUGGAUUUCGAGGAUUUCUGCCACUACUUCACCGAUGUAGUCGUGUGUCGCCUCGUGGAGAGGACGCUGCUGUGGCCGAGCUGUCACUGGAGAGAAGUGCGCCUCUACGGAGAGUGGGCUCCUGCCCCCGCCUCCUUAGAAACACCCCCACCUGCCGUCCUCUGCAACAGCCACCCGUUAGGGAGGAGCAACGCCAAAUCUGGAGGGACCAAACAACGAGGAAACAAGAAGGAGGCCAGACUCGGGGAGAGUCAGCAGCACAGAGGGAGAGGAGAGAGACGAGACAAGGCUGUGAGGAAAGUGAGGGAGGAGGAGGAGGGAGGGGAGGCAGGAGGGUGGGAGGCACAGAUGGAUAAGAGGAGUCGAUGUGGAGGGUGUAUCAACCACAGGGACACUUUCCUCCACAACCCACAGGUACCAACACUUUCACAAGAAAAAACACAUUAUAUUUAAUAAAGUGUUUAAUCUUUGAUAUGAUUUCUUCUUUCUGCAGUUCAUGUUUGAGGUGAGAGGGAAAGAGGAGGAGGUGCUGAUCUGUCUGCAGCAGGAGGACAGAAGGAUACAGAGAAAGGAAGGAGGAGGAGAAAACCUGCCGAUAGGGUUUGAGGUGCUAAAGGUGAGGCGUUCAAAUGUAUCAGUUUACACAAAAAUGAAAUAAAAAUAAAAAUACAUCUGGUAAUUCCUUUUUUUUUUGUUCUGUUGUGGUUCAGGUGGAGGUAAACCGCUGCAGCCGGGUCCAGGUUGUGUUGGAGCAGGCGGCCAGCUCGGUCUACAUGGACUCCCGCAGUGUGACUCUGAGGGGGACUCUGUCUCCUGGUCGCUACGUCGUGCUGCCGACCACCUUCCUGCCUGGAGCCGCCGGACGCUUCCUGCUGCGCCUUUUCUCCCACUCUUACAUCCAACUCAGGUGUGUGACUAUGAGCACCAGUACGACAAUUUUAAUACACUCAGGAAUUAUUUUACAUUUGUCUUUUUUAUGUGCAGGGAACUGAAGGAGGAUUUACCUCCUCCAUCCUUCUUUACCUGCUUUCUACCACAACCAUCUGCAGUGACCACGGUCCACCUCCGCAGGGCGACGGGACUCGACUCUCCCAAACUGACAGGUGAGCAAACACAACAACAACAACAAAUAAGAGAGCUUUAACUUGUUUUUCCUUUAACCCCUCAUGUGUUGUGUUUUGUGCACCACAGCUCCAGACGUCUACGCUGUCGUCCGCUGUGAGAACGACUCCAUACGGACCCGCGUGUUCAAAGCCGAAGGAAACCCAGAGUUCAACCUCCGAGCCAUUUUCUACAGGAGACGUCCAAACUCACACAUCACCAUCGAGGUUUGACACGCUCAUAAACUCUCCUACACACGUUCAUGAAGCACACAGUGUGUUUAAGUGUGUGUGUUGUCGUGUGCAGUUGUGGUGUAGAGGUCUGCUGUGGGACUCGGUGCUCGGAGCAGCUCGGCUCAGGACGGCAGAGUCUGAGAGGAGUCAGAGCCACGUGAUCGACCUACGAGGCAGCCAAUCCCGUUCGGGAUACAGAGGGAGCGUUUAUGUGGAGACGUCCUCCAGUGCGUGUCUCACGGACUUGUGAAAGAAUGGUGCGGUUGCCUCGGUAACGGCAUCGAGCCAACAGCUGUAACCCAGGUGCUUGUUAAGAUGAUGCUGGACAAACAUCCUCUCAGGGCAGUGAUCACGAGGAGUGAACGCAGUUUGGUGCUCUGUGGUGAUCUGCUGGUCAGACACACAGGCGGACAUCUUGGAAAAAAAGGAAGAAACAGUCGCCAAAUGAGAGUUUAUGUUUGUUUCUAUAUGAAUUAUUUAUUUCAGUUCUGUUUUCUUAUGCUGCG